AAAAUAAUAUAAAAUCCAGUUUUCGCGUAGUGUGGCUGCUUGAUUUGUAGCGCUGUCGUGCUAGAACUUGUGUUGCCUUCGGCUCGUCGCUCGCGAGGGCUAACUCCUGGCAGUCGCCUUUCGUCCUUGCUGCGGUCUAGAGUCCUAGCUCUCGCUUCUAGCCAGGCUAGAUGCGCCUCCUUUGGGGUUGAAGUGUGCGUGCUAAUGGCAGUGUAAUGAGUGCGCCGUGCUAAUCGUUAUGCAAUCGCCUAGCUUCGAUUUCCAGCCGCAGUGAAAUAUGUCUCUCAAGCGUUAUGCAACUCUGCUGGCCUUCGGUCAAAAUCAGAAUCAAAAUCAAAAUAAUACAAUCCCAACACUGGUGGUCUCCACAACGGAGGGCAUUCCAUCAUCAUCCUCAUCAUCAUCAUCCUCGUCGUAUGGAAGCUUCGCUAGCGAGGAGCAGCUGCAGUCCCAGGAGCAUAUGUCAUCUUCAUCCUCGAUUGCCACACACACCACCUAUUAUACAGGCGGAUUGGGACAAUAUCACCAGCAGCGCGGUGGCUCAGGAUCUGUCAUUUCGGGCGUGGGCGGCGGCGGAGGACCUAGUGGACCCCAGACGUAUGCAAAUGUUGUCAACGGCAAUGUGAAUCUGCUGCUCGGCGGGGCGAUGCUUUCCCUGGUGACGACCGUAUUGUGUGUGGUCUGCUAUUGUUGUCAUCGGAAUAUCAAAAAGCGAACAGAGGCCGCCUACAGACAGCAGCAGCAUCAGUGGCUCGAAGGCGAUCCCAACAUGGAAAUAUACAGCGUGGAGCAGUGUUACGAGACAUCUGGUCUGUUUCUGGGCGACUCCACGGAUGGUCUGUCCGCUGUGCCCGCCCUGCACCACGAACCACCGCCCUCCUACGAUGCCGUGGUGCUCCACGAGCAGCAGCUUCACCAGCAGCAACUGGAGCAGCAGCAGCAGCAACAGUUGCAGCUGCAACUGCAACAGCAGCAGCAACUUCUGAUGCAGCGCGUUUCACCGCCUCCCGGCUAUCGAUCCUCCCUGGACAUAAGCGGCCAGCCGGGGACAAGCUUUGGUCGCGGCACCCCCGAUGGCAGUGUGGAUGCAGUGGCCGGUGGCAGUGCCGCAGGAGCAGGUGGAUCCGCAGGUCUGCUGGUUAACAAGCAGCUACAACUCGCCCUAAAUGCCCAAUCCUGCUGCUCACUGCAACGGGCCGAGGUGGAAAGCAUGUGGAAUGCUGCGGCGGCGGCGGUGGCUGCCCGAAGCGGAAAUUGCCUGGAAAUGGAGACGCUGCAGGUGCGUAAGCCGGCGCAGAACAUCAGAUUGAACACCUUCGGGCGGCGGUACCUGCAGCAGAGCCAUCAGCAUAGUGGCAACCACUACCGACGCGGCUGUCCGCUGUGCGGCAAGUUCCGCUAUGAAGGUGAGGCGGAAGAUGAGCCGCUGACCGCGCUGUCCGUGGAGAGCGGUCUGAAUAUGGGCGGGCGUAGGGAGGAGCCGACUGCGUGCCCCUGUCCCAGUGACAUCGACAAUGGCAACCACAUUUCGGCCGACGCUCUGCAGGAUGAAGCCAACGGGAAUGUUGAGUUCCCCACCGUGGACGAUGAACCACCUCAAAAUGAAGCCAUACCCAUAACCGCCGUCAAUGAUGAAAAUGACAACGCAGCAACAUCGGACACACCAGCAAUAUCCGACACACCAGCAACAUCCGACACAACAGCAACAUCCAGUAGGGGCAGGCAGCUGGAGGAGAUGAAGGAGGUGGAACUGGCCACGGGAGGCCAACAGGAGGAGCAGGAUUUGAACAACAUUAACGAGAACGGCAUCAUCAGCCUGGACAUGAGCAAAAUCAUUGACAGAUCGGGCCUGCCCACAUACGAGGGAGCCAUCAAACUGGAGUCCAGUGGUUAUGUGUGAGCCUAACGAGGAAUUGGCAUUGGUCGAAGAGCAGGAGAGCAAAACCUAAACCACAAGUGUGCUUUAACUAUGAUUAAGAUAUGUUGCGAAUGGAGAAAAGUUGGGUACUCAAGAUAUUAUUUAAAAACUUAAAUACGAACAUGUAAAAUCAAAAGCUUAUUGGUUUUUGUUACACAAAGAUUUAAGUCUCUCAAGAUUGCUAGGAACUUACUACAGUCCAUGAAGAACAUCUCUUUUAAAUUAAGCAUAAUAAAGAACAUGUUAAGCAAACACGAAAACAAUAAUUUUAUCGUUUAAAUGUUUAGAGCUAAGCGCGUGCAUAUCCCUGUAAAUGUUCGUUUCGAAUACUCGUAUCAAUAAAAUCAAAAGUUGUAAUUGAAAGCAACAAGCAA